GCCUACAAUAGAGAAAUAGAAAUUUCACGAACAUUCUACAAUUUCCAAUAUUAUCUAUGUUUUUGUGAACUCUGUCAAAAGUGGUGUUAUUGUUUGUAUCGUGUGCGAUUUCUCGAGUAUAUUUUUCGGAUUUCUGCGUAUUUUAAUCUCUUUCAGUGAACAGUGAAUCAUAAUAGUGAGAUGGAUGUGUACGGGUAUCCUUCGUAUCAGUACAACCAGUCAGACGAGCUGACGAAACAGAUAUUGGCGCAACAGGCUCUGGCCUCGUCUGUGCCCUAUAAUCGUACAAUUCCGGAGCCCCACAUCAUGCCUCCGCCUUCAGGGGCACCAUGGAACGUGGAGACAGUGCCGUGGGGCAUGUCUUCGCCCCCUCAAAUCGUGCAGUUCUCAGCCCGACCAGACGACGGUAAACUACCACCAGUCAUUCAUUGCAAAAGAAAGAGUAUGGAUCUAGAACCAGUCAUCCCGGCAAAACAAUUCAUCACCGAAGAAAAGAUGGCUGCUCAUCUCAGUGGUCUACACAUAUCAUCAGACUACACAUCACACUCUCUAUCAUCAUCAUCAAUGGCACAAGAAACUAUGGACCUUGCAAUGGAUGGAACUUCAUCUGGGACUUCACCAGGAACUUCGUCUCUGAUCACGGAGAAACUAAAAGGACAUAAGAUUGUGCUCUCCGAAGAAGUGAAGAAGCUAAGAGAUGAACCUUUGUUGCCUGCUUCUCUUAUUGAAAGGUUAGAAAAACCCAGAAUGUCUCUAGUGGUCUGGAAGCCAAAAGAAGAUAUUCUAGAAAAGAUUAAAGAGGAGAAAAAGGAAGAUGACAAAGACUUAAACGGAAAUGACGAGUCCGUUAAGAGAAACGGUCUACUGGUGCCAGAGCUACCUGCGAUGGACGUUGAGAUGUGAUGGCAGAAAUUUAAGUUCUAUGAUAUGACGGCACAAGAUACUAUCAGUGAUUCUAAUGGCAACUAUCUUUAUGAGAUUCAGGUACCUAUUCACUACUAAUGAAAGUCCAGUAAAAGAUUGAGACAUGCUUUUGCAUUUAAUCUUUUUAAUCAUGUCACAACUUUUUUUACAAGGGUUUGUGCUGUUGUUUCAGUAUGCAUUCACAAUAUUGCAA